AUGUCUGAUAAACGAAGACAAGCUGUCGCCCCGAAAACCAAGCAAGCUAUCGCACAGAAAAAGAGACGUAGACGUACUGAACCAGUUGUAAAUUCUCCUAGUAACAUGCCUAGCACACCGACUAAACACUCACCAAUGUCACCUGUACUCUCUCCAACGUCUCCAAAUAAAAUUUAUCCACAUCCACUUUCUACAAACUCGCGUCAACAAGCUAACGAAGAGCGUUCAACUUCUUCUGCUGCCUCCUCUUCUGCUGAAGAAGAACCUGAAAAAUUAUUAACUGAAGAUGAAGAAGAUUUGGACGAUUAUUGUAAAGGAGGUUAUCAUCCGGUAAAAAUUGGUGAUAUUUUUAACGAAGGUCGAUAUGUUGUCAUACGAAAGCUAGGUUGGGGCCAUUUUUCGACAGUCUGGCUUGCUAGAGACAAUCGUCGUAAUCGACAUGUCGCUCUUAAAGUAGUCAAAUCGGCACCUCACUAUACAGAAACCGCUUUAGACGAAAUUAAAUUACUACAAAAAAUCGUUGACGCAAAUCCGGAUGCUCCAGGCCGGCGGCAUGUUGUUGAACUUUUGGAUCAUUUUCAACAUCGCGGUCCGAAUGGUGUCCACGUUUGUAUGGUAUUCGAAGUAUUAGGAGAAAAUUUAUUAAGCUUAAUAAAACGAUAUAAUCAUCGUGGUGUUCCUGCUCAUUUGGUAAAACAAAUAACUAAACAAGUACUUAUGGGAUUAGAUUAUAUGCAUAGGGAAUGUGGGAUAAUCCAUACUGAUUUAAAACCAGAAAAUGUAUUGGUUUGUAUCGAUAACGUAGAGGAGGUUGUUAAGAAUGAACUUUUGAAUGGUGUAAAACCACCGGCUACUUCUAAAAAAGACCUACAUCUUCGUAUUACUGGAAGUCAGCCUCUGUCAUCACCAUCUUCAGGGUCUCCGUCUCAAAAAUCUAUAAAUGCGUCUGAACAGACCAUAUUGUCAACACAAGGUAUGUCUAAAAAUCAGAAAAAAAAAUUAAAACAAAAAUUGAAGAAGAAAGCUGCAAAAGAAAAUGAAUCAUCAACAAAUGGUGUUGAAGAAGAUAAAGAUGUUGACGAUGAGGGAGAUGGUGUAAGCAGAGUUGAAGAUAAUUGUGAUAAAACUGAUGAUAUCGUUUGUGAUACACGGGAAUCAACAACAGAUAUUUUGGAACGUAACCUUAAUGAAAUUUCUCUUGUUGAUUCUAUCUCGCAUAAUAAUUCGUCAUCCUCCAUAGCCAUUUCUCCUACUUCUCAGACGAAAUUAUCACGAAAACCAUCUACAUCUGCAAAAUGGACCACACCUGACAUAAUUACUGUCAAAAUCGCCGACCUCGGUAAUGCUUGUUGGGUAGAUCACCACUUCACCAACGACAUUCAGACAAGACAAUAUAGAAGUCCGGAAGUCAUUCUAGGUAGUCGUUGGGGUGCCAGUGCUGACAUCUGGAGCAUGGCUUGUAUGGUAUUUGAACUUUUUACAGGGGACUACUUAUUCGAUCCACAGGCUGGUUCGCGUUAUAAUAAGGAUGACGACCAUAUAGCCCAAAUUAUGGAAUUAUUAGGUUCUUUUCCGAAACACUUGGCUUUGAACGGAAAAUAUUCAAGUGACAUAUUUAAUAAAAAAGGGGAACUUCGGCACAUUCAUAAACUUCGUCACUGGAAACUAGCGGACGUUCUCCAAGAAAAGUAUUUACUUCCACGUAAUGAUGCAGAAUUUAUGGCUGAUUUCCUAUUACCAAUGUUAGAUUUGAAUCCGGAUAAACGAGCAACUGCACGACAAUCAUUGAAUAAUCGAUGGCUUGCGUUUGAUCAAUUAUAUUCAUGUUAUUUAUAUUGUACUACUUAG